AUGGAUAUUCGAAAUGUGAAACACAUACCAUCGAACAUACUCCAAUCAAAAAAAGCUUGCAAAAGUAAAAGGGUCAGGACCAUUUUUACACCGGAACAGCUGGAACGAUUAGAAGCCGAAUUCGAACGGCAACAGUAUAUGGUCGGUCCGGAAAGACUAUAUUUAGCUCACACCUUGCAACUUACCGAAGCACAAGUGAAAGUCUGGUUUCAGAAUAGACGAAUUAAAUGGAGGAAACACCAUCUAGAAAUAACACAUCAAAGGCUCGCGGUUUUGAAGCAACAGCAAAUGCUGCUAGACGAUUCUCAUCCGGACGUUCAGGAUACGAACAGCUCGGAAAUGGAGACUUGAAUAUAAUUUCGUUUUGGUUUAAUUUGGAUUUUUAAUUUAUAGUGUAUACGAUAUGGAUUAAAACUGGUGGAAAUCCUAAACUCUUUAGACGGACUAUUCAUACUUGAUCACUAUCUAAAAUGAUAUGAUCUAAAUGCUCUUAAUAUAGAGUGAAUUUUUACCAGUGAAUAUCCUAAUUCGCAAGUGUUCAACCUAAGAUCGUAUAUGAACUAUAAAUAUUUUGAAUAUUACAAGUAUCACUGUUAGAGUACUCAAUUCAGAUGGACAACAUAGAAGUAUUAUUUUUUUCAAAAGGAAUUUGACUUUGGUACUCGUCUGAAACUACUUUUUAUGUAAAGUUUUUAAAGUUAAGCUCGAAUAUUUGAUAGUCUCAGUGUAUAAAUAGAAGUUUACUUAUUUUAAGUCGCACCAUAUUAUGCUUAAUUUUUUCUAAAAAUUAAAUUAAAAAUUUAUGUCUCAAAAUGUGCAAUAGUUAUAGCAACA